AUGACAAGCAUUAAAGUAACCUACCAGUCAACUCUUCGUCGAUUUAGUCUUUCAUCUGCCAGUUGGGCCGAUUUAGAGAAUAAACUCCGCUCACUUUACUCCAUUCCAGUCACCACACCAAUUCAACUCUCUUAUACAGAUGAUGAUGGUGAUGUGAUCACUUUAUCAAGCGAUUUAGAGCUUGAAGAAGUUUUAAGCCUGCAAGCUCAAGGAACUACUUAUAAAUUCACGUUGAACACGUUACCCACUUCUACCCCGAACUCUUCCACCUCGAGUCUUGGCCAAGAAUCGAAUGGUGAAACUUGGGUGAUGACAGAAAGACAGCGAGAAGAAUCUGUAGAGACAGUUGCAUCUGAUAAUGAGACGAGUGACAUACGUCAAGGUAUUCAAGGUAUUCAAAUUGAAGAUAACGCUACAAAUAAUCCGUUUUUGCAAUCAUCCCAAUCACAACAAAUUGAACCGAAAGUCAUGAGACAAGAAUCAGUUUUACAAAAUCCAAGUCCAGAACCAGAAUCACGGCCACCUUCUUAUUAUCACGUAAAUAUAGCUGAUGAGAGCGAUGAAGUAAUGCUAGACUCUACCUCUAGCAAAGGAAAGCAAAAAGAGAAUGUUGGAGAAACAUCAGCUUCGGCAUCCGCUUCUGAUUCUUCUACUUCAAAUAAAAAUAAUGAACAAAGACAAGAUGAUCGAUCCCCUGUCAUGGAACUAGCAGAACAAUUCCAGAAUUUGUUGGAUCAAUUUCAAGAUGUCUUGGUUCAGAAACCAGAAAUUAUUGAAACAGUUAAUGGAAUUAUGGAUCAAAUUCUACAUGCUAUUCCCGUUGAUAUUGAAAUUUGGGCCGAGUGGUUGGCUUCUCAUCGUCCACGAGAACAGCAACAAGACAGGGCCCCACAAUCUCAUGAACAGGAACAAUCGCGUGGAGCUUUUUCUUUCUUCCCACCAGGUUUUCCAUUCCAUCAAGGAAGACAUGAUUCCGCUAAUAUGUUUACUGGGAACUGUCCUUUUAUCCAACCAGACACUUUCCCAUUCAAUUCUCGCCCAUGGAAUCCUGCGCACCAAAAACUUUUGAUCCUUCAUCAAAUGGGAUACUGGGAGGAUGACGACCAAAAUAUUGAUCUAUUGAAAAGAUAUAACGGCAAUCUUGAACGCGUUGUUGAAGUAUUGGUACAACAAGUUGAGGAGAACGAGAAACGUCCUUAUAAUUUGCAAUAA